AUGGGUAAAUCACAAUCUAAAUUAUCGGCUGAUGAUCUCGCCGACUUGCAGAAAAACACUUACUUCGAUAAGAAGGAACUUCAACAAUGGUACAAAGGUUUCUUGAAGGAUUGUCCAAGUGGUCAACUGAACAAAGAAGAAUUCAAGAAAAUUUAUAAGCAAUUCUUCCCAUUCGGUGACCCAUCGCAAUUCGCAGAUUAUGUGUUCAACGUGUUUGACGAAGAUAAGUCCGGCACGAUCGAAUUCAAAGAGUUCAUCUGUGCUCUAUCGGUUACAUCCAGGGGAAGACUCGAUGAAAAGCUCAAAUGGGCUUUCCAACUGUACGAUAUCAACCAAGAUGGGUUCAUCACCUAUGACGAGAUGCUACAAAUCGUUAGAUCAAUUUAUAAGAUGACUGGUCAGAUGGUACAGCUUCCAGAGGACGAGGAUACACCUGAGAAGCGUGUCGAUAAGAUCUUCCGAAAUAUGGAUUUGAACAAGGAUGCUAAGCUGACUUAUGAAGAGUUCAAGGAGGGGUCGAAACAAGAUCCAACUAUCGUGCAGGCACUAUCACUCUACGAUGGUCUGGUAUAG